GCCUGAAGGCCCGCCUCCCCGCUCCCGCCUCAGGCACUCGCCGCUGCCGCCCGCUUCGGCCGGGCCCUGCGGGCGCGCGGCGGCGGGGCGGGGCCUGGCUUAAAGGCGCCGCGCGGCGGAGAUGGCGGCGCGGUGGCUGUGGCUGCUGGCGCUGUGGGCCGGGCCCGCCGCCGCCGCCCCGCCGCCGCCCGACGCCGAGGUGACGUUCGUGCUGCCCGCCGGCCGCCGCCAGUGCUUCUACCAGGGCGCGCCCGGCAACGCCUCCCUGGAGGCCGAGUACCAGGUGAUCGGUGGGGCCGGGCUGGACGUCGACUUCUCCCUGGAGAGUCCCUCGGGGCUGCUGCUGGUCAGCGAGUAUCGCCGCUCCGACGGCGCGCACACCGUGGAGCCCACCGAGGCCGGCGACUACAAGCUCUGCUUUGACAACUCCUUCAGCGCCAUCUCGGAGAAACUCGUGUUCUUCGAGCUCAUCUUCGACAGCGCCCAGGAGGAGGAGGAGGAGGAGGAAGGCGACGCCUGGCUGGAGGCGGCCGAGCCCGACGACACGCUGGACGUCAAGAUCGAGGACAUCAAGGAAUCCAUCGAGACCAUGCGGAGCCGCCUGGAACGGAGCAUCCAGAUGCAGACGCUGCUGCGAGCCUUCGAGGCCCGAGACCGUAACCUGCAGGAGAGCAACCUGGGCCGCGUGAACUUCUGGUCGGCCGUGAACUUGGGCGUGCUGGUGGUGGUGGCCUUCCUCCAGGUCUACAUGCUGAAGAGCCUCUUCGAGGACAAACGGACGGUGCGGACGUAGACGGGACGGACGCGGGACUCCGCUCCCUGCCGGGACGGCGCCAGAGGAGCGACGUGUCCCCGCGUCUCCCUCCCGGCCGGGAUUAAACCUGCCCGACUUCC